GAGGCGGGGGCUCGGAGUCACGUGACGCCCGGUAGAAGCCGGUCACGUGUGAGAAGAUGGCGGAGAUUCGGGUGAUGUUGAAGUUUGAUUAUCCUCCGCCCACCGGACCGGAGAGCCGCCACAUGUGGAUGUUACUGAACCCGGAGCACCUCCGAACCGUCACCGACCUGUCCGACCUCAUCCGGGGCCGCUACUACCCCAACCUGAGGGGGGCGCUGUGCCUCUAUGUACAUGACUGCCUGCUGCCCCCCGGGGAGAGCGCCCGCCUCGUCCGCGACAAUGACGUCAUCAGAGUUCAGUGGCGGGGAUUCGAUUCCGAAGAUGACGACCUGGACGGCCCCGCCCACCCGACCAAGAAGAGGUCCCGGCAGAGAUGUGAGGAGGACGAUGCAGGGGACAGGCCCGCCACCAGAGCCAAGAAACGAAAAUGUGAGACCCCCCGGGGGAGGGAGGAGGUGGUCCUAGAAGAGUGUGAGCGGGAGGAGUCCCCCAAGAGUUCCCGGAGGAAAGCAAAGAAAAAGAAGAAGGUUCUGGAGGAAGGGGCACAGGAGGAAUUCCCUGAGGAGUCUCCAAAGAGGAGCAAACACAAGAAACGCUCCGAGGACUCGGCUUCUCUGAAAUCGGGUAACCCCCCCACCCCCGUCUCCGCAAAGAAGCCCUCAGAGAAAUCGGGUAACCCCCCCACCCCCGUCUCCGCAAAGAAGCCCUCAGAGAUUCCUCCUAAACCUGGAAAUAAAUCAAACAACAACCCCCCAGGUAGGAGCGCAGAGAAGACCUCCAGCGGUGACUCCGAGUCUUCAACCGACCAGAGAUCCUCCACCAAACCAAAGAGGCUCCAUAAAUCCGGGACUGUACAUAAGGCCAAACCCAAUCAUAAGCUUCUAUCUGAGGGCGCUACAAAGAGCUCCUCCCUCCGAGACUCCUCAGAGUCCUCAUUGGACGAGGAAUCCUCCGCCAAACCAAAGGGACCUCCCAAGGUGCACAAUAAAGUCGGGACGGUUGCCGCUGUAAAUCAGACCAAACCCAAUCGUAAGCUUCCAGCCAAGAAAUCUUCCAUGAGCUCCUCGGGAUCUUCAUCUGACGAGGAAUCCUCCGCCCAACCAAAGGGACCUCUGAAGGUUCACCCCAAGGCCGGGACUCUUGUAAAUAAGACCAAACCCAAUCGUAAGCUACUAACUGAGGGCGCUACAAAGAGCUCCUCGGGAUCUUCAUCUGACGAGGAAUCCUCCGCCAAACCAAAGGAUCCUCCCAAGGUGCACAAUAAGGCCGGGACGGUUGCCGCUGUAAAUCAGACCAAACCCAAUCAUGGACUUCCAGCCAAGAAAUCUUCCAUGAGUUCCUUCAGUGACUCCUCGGGAUCGUCGUCUGACCAGGAAUCCUCCGCCAAACCAAAGGGACCUCCCAAGGUGCACAAUAAAGUCGGGACGGUUGUCUUUGGAAAUAAGACCAAUCCAAACGUUGGCCCUUCAACCACGAGCACCAGGUCCAGCAUGGACUACACGGCGUCUUCAUAUGACAAGGAUCCCAGAAAGAACCUAUCAGAGGCCUCCAGGAACCCCUCGGACUCAGUCCCUGGAAGGACCGGCUGGAAGAGCAAAAACGACUCUGCUUCAGACAACGGGGACAUCAGACAAAGGAUGGAUGUCGGGACUGCAUCCCCUCUGAAUGGUACGUCCCAGAAACCACACAGAGAAGCCCCGCCUUCUGGCUCUGACUCUAAUAUUCAGGAGCCAGUCACAGCGCAGUACGCAUCACGAGGGGUCCCAUCUGGUGUAACCAAUGGCGGCAUUCAUCGGGGACCUGAUCCAAACCCGAGUCUGUAUGACCAUGGAAGAGGACGGGGAAGAGGCAUCGUUCCCUGGAGGGGCCACGGGGGUCACGGGCCCCGAGGAUGGGGAGAGCGGGGGAAGGGACGAGGGGUUGGCCACCAGUUUUUCCAUAAUUAUGACUCUCCGUCUCUGAAGAAGCAGCAGCUGGAGGAAGACGCCACCAACACGUCCAUGAUCAUUCAGAAUCCUCCAGAGAGUCCAAAAAAAGAUUACAGCACCUUCCCGCUGCUCGCCGGCCCGCCGCAGGUUGGCAAAAUCAUCGCCUUCAAGAUUCUGGAAUUAGAUGAGAACUACUCACCGGAGCUCUCCGACUACAAGGAGGGUGUUGUUCGCAGUGUUGAUCCCGUGACGCAGCAGGUUGAGUUGGAGCUUCUAGCCAAGCAGAAGAGGAGGGAGCCGGGGAAGUUUGAUCUGGUGUAUGAGAUGGAAGACGGGCGGGAGAUCGUAGAGUUUGCGGUUCGUCCGGAUCGUAAGAUGAAGGAGUCGUGGAGUUCUCUGGUCACCCCGCGGUUGGUGAUGGACAAGGAGUUCGAAAAUAAAGGAACGUCGGCGCAAACUUUGUGAGCGAUCACAUGACCAGCCACACCUUGAUGGGCGUGGUCAGAAGGGGUGUGAGUUGUUAUGCCUCUCCCAAUGGGAGAUCGGGAUUUCUUCUCUGGGAGGAAUGUUUAUUAUUCUUCAUUGUGGUGAAGCUGAACUCCGGCAGACGGUUGUGAUCGGUAAUGAUCGAUCGGAUCAGUGACCCCUUGUGACGCCCCCCCCCCUCACCUGGCCACUGUCUGUAAACCCGCCCCCCGCUGGUCUGUCCUGCCCACUCACACCUGCUGGAAUGUGUGCCCGCCCUCACUUCCUGUUGCAUGAUGGGAAUUGUAGUGAUGAACAUUAACAGGAUGUGACAUCAGAACGUCCUCCUCUGGUGUCCCGCCCCCCCAUCCCCCGAUGACGUCACUGAC